CAAGAAGUAAAAAACGAGUAGCGGCCACCAAGACAGGCUACGCCAGCUGCGACCCCACAGAUGACCGCCCGUACGCUACCUUUGACUUUGUGAAAGGCACAUACAGCCAGAAAGGAAUUUAAAAAGUAUGGCCAGAUCAAGCACUGACUUAGAAAUCAUAGAAAAAUGACGGUUGGAAGGGACCUCAGGAGCUCAUCUAGUCCAACCCAUCCCCAGCUACCUUAUCUCAGCCAGGGCUUGGUCUACCCAGGUUUUAAACUAGACGGCUCUAGAAUGAGCAGUUUUCUCCUUUCUCGGAAGUUCAACACAACAACCACCCAACCCAGACCCAGUACAUUUCCAGGUGAUGGAGAUGGAGAACCGGAGAAGUUCCCUCUCCCUCGGCUCUGUCCUGUCCCUUUUCAACCCCGCCCAGAAGGCGUCCGCCUGUUUUCUCCUCCCAGUGUUUUCCACGGCUCCCAGCUACCGGGAUGGGGUGAGAGGAGGAGAUCUGCGCUCCCAGCAGCCGCAGCAUCCCCGAGCGAAAGGGGACGGAAGGGGCUUCGCUCCGUGAGGGAGGGGACGGAAAGGGGCUCCCUCAGCUCCUCCCAACAGGACUGAUGACAGCCCGGCGGCUCGCCCCAGGGGCUCGUCGGAGGCGCUGCGGGCUGGGCUGGCUCUGGGUAGCCCCAGGUGUGUCAGCGCGGAGCAUGUGAUCCCGGCCGCUCCCUCUGCAGGAAGCAAAGCGGAGGAGGAAGCGGGAGUAGGACCAGUCGAGUCUGCGCCCUGGCCGGGUGGUGUCUCCGAGCAGCAGCCUUGCAGGAGCUGGUGGAUACCCAACUAUGCUUAUGUGUUUCGUACUGCUGUGUCAGCUGCCAAUAAUGUUUGCAUUUCCUCAUUGUGCAAGAAGAUUAAAGAAUGUGAAUCAUAAAGGGAAAGAAGUAUUCGCAUCAGAAAAAGAAGCCAAUUUGUUCCUGAAACGACAUCUUCUAAGUAACAGAUUUGAUUUUGAAGUAUUUACCCCUGGUGAUAUAGAAAGAGAAUGCUUUGAAGAACUGUGCAAUUAUGAGGAAGCAAGAGAAUUUUUUGUAGAUCCUGAUAAAACGAUGGAGUUUUGGAAAGAAUAUUCAAAAAAGGAUCCCAGUACAAAAAUCAACGGUGAGGGAUUACAGAAGAUUGAUGUUACUGGACUUCUGAUUGGCCUAGUUGCUGCUGGAGUGCUGGUGGUUUUAACUGGAUUACUACUUUACUAUUUUUGCAAAAGUAGAUGCAAAUCAAGGCAACCACCAGGAUACUCCAACUAUGUAAGGAGUAGAAGACGCCAUUCAUCUAUUGUCUUCAGAAGACAUGAAGAAGUAUCUUUAAAUCCACUUCCUCUAAGAACAGAUGAAUCGGGACUUCCAACUUAUGAACAAGCAGUGGCAGUUGAUGGAAGAUGUGAUGUUUCACCGCCACCAUACCCAGGGCCUGCAAAAGGAUUUAGGGUGUUUAAGAAGUCCAUGUCACUUCCUGCUUCCUAAGUACAAACCUGCUUCCUUUCUUCCUUGGAAGAUGAUGAUAUACAUUUGACAAAGUGCAAUACCUUGCACACUGCUGAACAGUUCACAAAAAUGUGAAAACUUGCUGAUCCUUGGCAUAGGACUGAGUGAAACUUUCAUGCAGGCAAAGAAGCUAUCGUUUUGCAAAUAGUUUGUUUCAUGAUGAAGACUACUUGUUUGUACAGGUUUUUGGUGCUAGGAACUGAAUUUUGUAUAAAGAUACAAAUCUUAUAUUGGCCACUUGCAUUUAGGGCCAAGCCACUAAAUUAGUAAUAUGCCAUUAACAGUUUUGUUUGUUUGUUUCUUUAGAAGGAAAAAUAUUUUAAAUGUUGAAAAUGGUCUUUUAGAGAGACAAACAGCUUAUUUUCUGGCUGCUCAAAUGUUAUACCACUGUGAAUAUAUUAAGCAUGCAAUAGAAAUUGGAUUCUUAGUUCUUGGUUUGGACGUAGGGUUAGCAUUUAGUUUUGGAAAAAAACUUUUUUAUUAAACUUUUUAGAACUUGCAUAGUAUGACUGCUGUUGCCAUUGAAGGACACUUCUACGCUGUCUUUGUGCUGCACCC